UCUCAAUAAAAUAAUUUCUGAAGUAGAAGAAAAAGAAGAAUAGAAUAUGCUGAAGUUUCUACUUCUUGCUGGAUUUGUUUGUGUAAAGGCGUUUGAUAAUUCCUCAUUCAGCGACUCGUCAAAGAAUGUUGAAGAUAUAGUUGAUGAAAACAGUGUAAUAUCAUUUCUUGCUGAAGAAAAGAAAUUGGGGUUUUCCGAAAAGCAAGUACUAGAAAAAAUUUCCACAGAUGAAAAUGUUGCAAAAAAACUAGUCGCAAGUAAAAUGGUAAAUAAUACACACGGUGGUCAAAAAAGAAUUAUUAUGUAUGGAACAAAAUGGUGUGGCCACGGUAACAAAGCAGAAUUUGAAACAGACCUUGGAUACUUAAGUAAUCUCGAUGAAUGCUGUCAUAAACAUGAUCGAUGUCCAUUAAGUAUUGAAGCAGGAAAGUACAGAUGGGGUUUACAUAACACUAAAGAUUAUACUAUAUCAGACUGCAAAUGCGACGACAAAUUUUAUAAAUGUCUUAAAGAUGUUGAUGGUGUUGUUGAAGGAAGACUAGCAUACGUUGUUGGAAAACUUUUCUUUAAUCAACUGCAGAUCCAGUGUGUAGAAAUUCCAAAAGGGAUCAAUACCAAAGCAAAGAGUUCUGAAAAAAAUACAUACAAAUACACAUCACCUGAUUCAGUUCGUGCAAAAUUCCGAGAUGCAAAAGAUUUUUGAAUGUGAAAAUUAUUUAAAACUUUUUUUUAAUGCAAAUUAAUAAGUUAAGCAAUCUUUA